CUUUUGCCUGUCCUUACAGAAUCUUUUCGGUACGCCGACGACGACGACGGACAUUCCUUCAUUCAUUCCUUGCAAUAUCGAUCUGUGAUCAUACACCAUCACCAGCACUCCUUUGCUACAGACCUACACACCUUGUCUCAACGACAUCAGAACGGCCGUCCUCCAAACAACAGGACAUCACCAACUGCAACCGUCUCGACGACUCAGCAUAUCUAUCCUUGAUCCAGUACUCUUUGCUCCACAGUAGCUCAUCAGUCCGAUCGACCAACUUUGACAGAAAAGACCUCAAAACUUUCUAUCAACCACACAAUCCUUUAAAACUUCAAAAUGCAAUUCUUCAGCACCAUCUUUGCAGCCACCGCGCUCGCAAGCGUCGCCGCCGCCGGCUCAGUCCACUUCGUCAACCAAGACAGCACCCAACGCACCAUCAUCUUCACCCCCAACGCCGGCCUCGAGAGCCUCCCAGAGCUCGUCAUCCCCGGCUCCGAGACUGCCAACCAGACCUUCCCAACCGGCUGGAUUGGUAACUGGUACUCUGUAUCCGAGGGAGCUGCCAAUGUCCCCGGCAUGCUUGGUGAGGUCCGCUUCGACGGUUUCGCUGGCGCCACCUACUUUGACGUCUCUGCCAUCGUCAACCCAGACGACCACAACGGCGUGAAGGAGAUUUUCCCCCUGCACAGCAGCACCCCUGUCUCUGGGUGCCAGGAAUUCCCUUGCGCGAACGCCUACAACAAGUGGGAUGACAUCGCGACCCUCAGCACCGAUGGAGGCGACCUCGUCUGCCUCCUCGGCACCGUCAGCAACGAGCGCCGUCGCGGUGUCGUCGCGAAGAUGUCCCGUGACUUCGUAACCGCAUAAAAUACCUUAAGAUCGGGGAAAACAGCCUUGCUGGUCUCUACUCCCAUGCGCACUCUUUUCAUGGGAGAGAGAAGACUUUCCGGAGUUGGUUGGAUUUCACGUCUGCGCCGCUUGCGUGCUGCGAUGUCUAAUGACUGUAUGAAUGUGAGCGAGCGCAUGGCCUUUCAGGGCCUUGCCUACUCGUCAUCACGACAAAGGUAUACCGGACACAGACAAAACAAAUAAAUAGAAGGGUGGAAUAUUUUUUUUUAUUGGGAAUACCCUUUUGGAGUUUAGGCUCCGAUAACACUCGUUUGGAUAAAAUUGGAAGAACAAAACCCCCCCUUAUCAAUGUCUACACUACACUUCUCUUCUGCACAUACAUAUAUUUAGGGAUAUCCAACCUUUGGAUGCUUCUUUUUUCUUCGCGGGGAUAUAGGGAAAUUUUUGAGAGAAUGAAAGA